UCAGGCCUUGUCGGCGCAACGGUGACUUACUGUGCAUUGGUGUACGCAGUUGUAGAGUGAUGUACUGCGAACAUGUCUAUUGACGGCGCGCCUGUAUCGUCUGGUGGAUGGAUGGGACCUAUGUCUAGGUGAAGAUAUUGAGAGCGGGUUACGCGAUGGGGAGUCCCCGACAGAGCGGCGGACUGUGUGGUUUGCUACAUAAGCGCCCUGACGGCUGCAUCCGGGAUCCGGCUCUGGUCCCACCGCGACACUGUCUGUCUCUUGAUUCUGCCCCAUCGACUUGUGCUUGCACACGUAUCCCCUCUUCGUCGUACCCAAUAACCACCUCGCCCAUCUCACCCACUCGCAGGCCGCUCACAGCACAAGUCUGUCGCAGCCGCCGCUCGACACAAUGGCCACCAUCCAUUUCUCUUGGACCGACUCCUUCCAAGCCGCCGUCUCCUCCUGUCUCCCCUGCCUCCACUCCUCCGACCCCGCCUCAGACUCGGACGACCACCAGUCCCCACGGCCGCGUAACCCCGCCUUCGCACACGCCAUCCCUCCCCCCCGCGCACGCCCAGACGAGCUCCAGGGCCUCCUCGCAGACACCGACGACGACGCCGACGCACUCUCGCUGCACACCAACCCCGGAGAGCGCCGCACGCGCAAGAAGCGGCGCAAGCAGCCCAAGCACAUCCGCGUGUUCGGCUACGACCUCUUCGGCCGUACGCCCGCCGUCCAGCUCCCGGAGUCGGACGACGAGGAUGGCGCACGCGCGUUGGGCGCACGGCGCGGUGCGGGAGAUCGGGUGAGGACAAUCUCGACGUCGACGCUCGACUCGGACGCGGCGCCCCUCGAUGCGUCGACGAUCGAGGAGCUGAGCGCGGCGCGGCACGCCGAGGCGCUGGCGAGGGAGGAGCAGGAGAGGCGGGAGAAGGAGGAGAGGAGGCGGAGGCGGAGGGAGAGGAGGGAGCUGAAGCGGGCUGCGAUGGCGCGGGCCCUCGAGCUUCAGGCGAACGGCGAGCACGAGUUCGAAGGGUUCCAGGGAAGUGGACCCGUGUUUGGCGUCACGUCGCCCUUCAGCCCCAGUGCCGGCUCUGGGACGGGAACAGGCUCGGGUUCCAUCACCUCCUCCCAGCAAGAGUUCGGGCCGUUCGCCCAAGGCCAGCCCGUCGAGCCCUUCGACCCCGACGCAGCCGAGGCCGCACGCGAGGCGGUCGAAGCCGAAGCAGACGGCGCCGACUUCGGCGGCGAGUCGUACACCUCCCGCCCGCGGAAAAGCAAGGGCAAGUCCCUGAACGGCGCCGGCACGAUGUCCACCUCGGACACCCGCUCGUCCUCCAGCCGCGGCACGGGCUCCCAGGGAUACACCUACGUCCCCGCCGGGCAGGGCGCGGCCCCGUACAACCACCAGUUCCUCGCCUCGCUGCAGGCCCCGACGCACAUCCCCGGCAUCCCGCGCUCGCCGCUGUCCCCGCUUUCGCAGGACGCCGACAGCGUGCCCCCGUCGCCGGCGUCCCCGAGCACCGCGAACGUGACGGAGCGCAAGAAGCGGCGCAAGUCCAAGUCUAGCAAGUCCCUCUCCGUCUCGACGUCCUCCCAGUCCGCGACGACCGCGACCGCGUCCUCGCUCACGUCUCCCCCGCCCUCGGAGCGCCCCCAGUUCGCGGCUCCGCGCAUCGUCUCCCCCGGGCCCGGCGGCGCGCAGGACGACUUCGAGGGCUUCCCGGGCGACUUUGGCUCCUCGGACCUCCUCGUCGCUGGCGGGGCGUUGGUGGAGAUGCACGCCGACCCAGCGGAGGACGACGACGGCGUCGUGCGGGCGGCGGCGAAAAGGAGCGAAUACCUGCCCGUCGCUGGCUUCCCGAGCGCUGGCUUCCGCCGGAGCGACUCGCGGAACAGCGACAUGGGCGUGUUCCUGGCGCACCGAGGAGACGAGUAAAAGUGCUACGGCGCCCUUCGGAAUGCAAAGGAACAUCGGAUCGGAUUACCACUGGACCAAACAAUGCCUGAGCUUGGAUACGCGGUUGGUAUAGCUGUUCGCCACGUUUCUGCAGAUCGAGCUUACCCUGCAGUACUCACUUACGAUGCCUUCACGUUCUGUAACGACUAGUUAAUGUACGGAUGAAUCAUAUGCCCUUCGUUGUCGAGAC